AUGGUCGACCCUCUUACGACUUUCGCGGCCGCGGGCAACGCCCUCCAGUUCGUCAGCCUUGGGAUCGACUUGGUCCGCAAAACCAUCGACUACGCGAAUGGUGGCGGGAACAAUUACUUUGAGUCAUUGAAAGACUGCGUGCAACGUCUGUCGGUCUCAAGUGCCCAUCUCCAGACGUCGAUGGAGUCCAUCGCCUCCCAAUCGCUGCCGCCAGGACCUGCCCGUGGUCUGCAUCGUGCAAACCUCGAGUGCUUGAGAGUGUCUCAGGAGUUCACAGCGAUGCUGGAAAAGCUGGGUCUCAAUAGGCGACACAGCCUGUGGAAAAGUGCGUAUGCUAACCAUUUCAACAUGGUAGUCAAACUGGCUUUGAAAAGUCACGCUGAAAAAUCGUGCAUUGAUACCUUAUCGCGGAAUCUGGAUCAUGCGAGGGCGAACUUGAUGCUCUCCCUCAUGGUUUACCUCCACGACCAGUCUGCUGUGGACCGCCAGAAUAUGAGCGAGGAAAUGCGUAUUAUCGCAGACCAAGCUCUAAGGGCUACCAAGUCGUCUGCUGAUAUUAAAGCUGAUAUUGCCAAACUGAGUUCUAGCCUUUCCUCGCUAGCUAUCGACGAUACCACCAUAUCUCUCGAUGUUGAAGAUGCAUUGGAACGCAGCGGCACCUAUCUUACAAAUGAGAUCAAGGGGCUCUCUACACGCCUGGAGCGGUUGGAUGAUAACCUCAAAGCUUUACUAGACGAGGUGCACCGGCUCCUUCCCACAAUGAAAAGCGAAUUGGCCGCUCGACGUUCGAUCGUGGAAAGCCUAUGGUUUUCACAGAUCAACAACAGACGCAAUAACAUAGGUCGGGCCUUCACUAACACAUAUCAGUGGAUAUUCAAGCAAAAAGACAAUCAAGUAAUUGUAUGGGACGACUUCGUUGAGUGGUUGCAUUCGAGUAGGCACCCUAUAUACUGGGUGUCUGGAAAACCCGGAUCUGGAAAGAGCACUCUGAUAAGAGAACUUGACGAGCGCGCACACAACAUGUUGUCUCUGUCAGCAUCAGGUAACGAUACAGUCCUCAAGGCUUCGUUCUAUUUUUGGUAUGCUGGCACCAACGACGAAAAAUCGAUGUCUGGCUUGCUCCGAACACUCAUCCAUCAACUGCUGUUGCCACAUCUUGAUCUUGUAGACCAAGUGGUUUCAGCCAGCAAGUGGGAGGCGAGCCUCAGUGGAUGUUCGCGACUUCACGCGUGGGAAGAAAACGAGUUGGUUGAAGUCCUAUGCAGGACUAUACAACACCUCGGAAGCAGCAAACAGAUUUUGCUAUUUAUCGACGGGUUGGACGAACACGCUGGUUCAGAUGACCAACAACAAGAAGCUCUGGAUUUGAUACACAGACUCGCUCUAAGCCAGAACGUCAAGGCGUGUGUCGCAAGCCGGCCCUAUAACAUAUUUCGAGAUGAGUUCCAGGAAUGCCCGCAACUCCGGCUCGAGCAUCUGACCCGAAACGACAUGCAACUCUAUGUUCAUGGCAAGCUGGGCCAGAACUUGCACUUUCAGCGACAACUACAGAGAGAGCCGCAGCUACUUGACAAUCUAACCACAGAAAUUAUAAGUCGUGCUAGAGGGGUAUUUCUGUGGGUGCACUUAGUUGUGCGUGAUCUUCUGAGAGUCCUGAGGGACGGAGGUCGCGGUAAGCACUUGUUCAGAGAGUUGGAGAGCAUUCCCCUUGACCUGGAUGAUUACUUCCAACGCAUAUUUGAGUCGGUGCCAGUGCCAUACAGAAAAGAUGCAUCCAUCAUCCUCCAGACAGCAUUGUCCUGCAGCAGCGAGGACGCAGUGGACGUCCGUGGUGUUACAGACUUUCAAUUUCGUCUUAUGCAUCUCUAUUUUCUGGAUCAAAGUGAAGACUUGUGCUUUGGUUCAAAUUCACAACUUUAUGAUGUUAACUUUGCUCAUCCGCAAGAAGGAAGAGAACUCCUCCAGUUGCUGGAGCGAAUGCUGAUGAGCAGAUGUAUGGGAUUGUUAGAGACUGGUUCGAACACCAACGAGAAUGGCUACUAUGGUUACAGCAAAACCAUGAACCCCGGAACGCGCAUCGAGUUUCUGCAUCGAACAGUACGAGAUUACUUUGCAGGUCGUGCUGCAGUAGAUCUGCUUCACCGCCACACCGACUCACCAUUCGAUGCUCACAUGUUCCAAUGCAACCUCAUGGCCAUCGAUAUCAGAACCUUCGGCCGUUAUGGAACGACCCUUGGUACGGGGCUGUUUGACGUAGAAAAAUUUCUCCGGCACAUUAUAGAGCGACCAGAUGAAGAGGAGACUGCAUUUGUGCUAUUUGAAAAGGUGGUGGAACUGUUCGACGGGAUUGAAAUGGCAACAUCUAACUACUACAAUCACCUAAACAUCCGAUCUAGGACUAUCAACCAAAUAUUGCAGAGUUGGUCGGCGCACCGAAGCAAUUCCAUGUCACUCAGCAUACAGCUUGGUUGGAAGUCGUAUGUCAAGGCACGACUAACAGAGGCAAAAGUUCGAGAGAAAGAGGGGAGACCGCUGCUUCACUAUGCUCUUGUACCAGUCGCUGAUAGCUGGACAUCGCCUGAUCCCAGCAUCUUGAGCGACCUCCUGAGACUCGGCGCCAAUCCAGACGAACUUGUUAGUACACAGCAUCUUAGUGUUCCUAUAUGGGUCUCCUUCUUAGCGGCGAUACCCUACAUCGAGGGCCUUGACUACACGAGAUGUCUAGAGAUUGUCAAAAUGCUCGUAUUACACGGUACUCGGCCAGUGAUGAUAGCUACCGACUUCAAAAGCGCUUUGGACCAAGUUUGGCACCACUGUAUACACAGUUCGGCAUCAUAUUCCGACAUGUUCAGCGGUGUAAGGAUGUCCCGUCGAACUAACCUUCAGCAAAAGGAUGAUGCCGAGACAUUUUGCUCAUUCCUAGACGUUGCGGAGAGUCUUGUGCAGCAGUCAUUCGACAGUUCGGAAUCCCCCGUCUUCACUGAGGAGGACAUCGUGACCUUGAGGGAACUGGAGCUCUCCCGAUAUGGGAAAGGCCCGGACUAUCGUCCGUCUCUCAAGCAGCCAGUGUUGGGUGCAAAACGGGCCAGAGAGUCGUCUCCCUCACAGCCGGAUGAUGUACAGCUCGAAUCCAACGGACGUGGCCGUGACUCUGAUGGUGAGGAGCAGCCACUCCAGAAGAAGACCCGAAGGUAA